AUGGAAGUAUUAAACAAAAAUUGCAUGUUCUUCUCUUUAGGCAAGCUCUUUAAAUUUGAUCUUUGUCUAUAUUUUCAGGUGACUGAGCUGAAUGAGCCUCUCUCGAAUGAGGAUAGAAACCUGCUGUCUGUAGCCUACAAGAAUGUAGUUGGAGCUAGAAGAUCUUCUUGGCGUGUCAUCAGCAGCAUAGAGCAGAAGACUAUGGCAGAUGGGAAUGAGAAGAAAUUGGAAAAGGUCAAAGCCUAUAGGGAGAAGAUAGAGAAGGAGCUCGAGACCGUCUGCAAUGAUGUUUUGGCCCUCCUAGAUAAGUACUUGAUCAAGAACUGCAAUGACUUCCAGUAUGAGAGCAAGGUCUUCUAUCUGAAAAUGAAAGGAGAUUACUACCGCUACUUGGCAGAAGUUGCUGCUGGAGAGAAGAAGAACAGUGUUGUGGAAGCCUCAGAAGCUGCCUACAAAGAGGCUUUUGAAAUCAGCAAAGAGCACAUGCAGCCCACUCACCCCAUCCGGCUGGGGCUGGCCCUCAAUUUCUCCGUGUUCUACUACGAAAUCCAGAAUGCUCCUGAGCAGGCCUGCCUUUUAGCCAAACAAGCCUUUGAUGAUGCCAUAGCAGAGCUGGACACUCUAAACGAGGAUUCCUACAAGGACUCCACUCUCAUCAUGCAGUUACUGCGAGAUAACCUCACUCUGUGGACGAGUGACCAGCAAGAUGAAGAAGCAGGAGAGGGCAAUAAUUAAAAAGCUUUCCUCUGAUCCCUCUUUCAUCCACUUCACCAUCCCCAUCAUCACCAAUAUUUCCUUGCCACAGUCACACUAAAUAUCUAGUGCUAAGCAUAUCUGUAUUGUACAGCUGUUCAGAUCUGCUGUCCACUUUGUCAGGAAGCAGCUUCAGAUAAGUCUUCAUGGGCACUGAUGGAUUGAUUGGUUUCUUUGCCCUAUUUAUCUUAGUUGCACUUGAACAGUGCAGAAGGAUGCAUAUUAAAUGAGGCAUUUUUAGUUUGAUGAUUAUAAAAUAUGGAAAGAAUAAUGAAUAGUGAUUGAAGAUAAUUAGAUUCCAGUUUAAAAAAAAUCCAUUUAAAAUGAGCUGGCAGUUUUGUUGAGCAGUACAUUCUGUGCAUGCAAAGUAAAUUAGCCACCCCAAAGUUUUUUUCGGUCGAUGAAAACAGUAAAGCUGAUGUGAAGUGAUGACCGUAUUCAUCAGUUUACAAUAAACUGUUUGAAAUGUGAGGUUUCAGUAGCAGUUUGUUUUUUUGCCUAACUUAUGUGCACAAUUUCCUUUAAUGCGGUGCAUCUACCUAAGAGUUUUGAUACUUGUAACAUUUGCAGUUGUUUUGAAGAAUCAUGAAUUUAUUUUUUGUAAACUCCUUGCUGUUUAGUUGUCUGUGUAUUCUGACAACACUUAUGUCAAUGUUAGCCCAUGACUGAAAUGCCAGACUUCUAAAUUAAAUGUUUUGGAAUUAAAUGAAUAAAAUAAAUGCUGCUUCGGGGAUACUAUCUCUA